UAGCUUGCCGGUUGGCUUGGAUUACCAUGGUUUUUGUGCUCUACGACUUCGAGCUCUUAUCCAAUCACAAUCUAAUCACGGACGAAGAAUGCUUGGGCGCAUGCUCCAUGGCCAACUUUGCAUUUGUUCCUCAGCUAUUCUCAUCCGGGAUCGUUCACCGUUCGCUGAAUGACGAGCAAUGCCUGCAGCCUCCAUCUCGCGCCUGAUCACUACAAUCCUGGAGCACAAGGACGUUCCUGGUGAUUACUUUGGAGUCGCAUUCUCCAUUUACCAUUGUGCACUCGUGAAAGUUGUGAAAGAUAGAGACACGACAACUUUCAGUCAUAUGGUGGCUCUCCAAUUUUUACGGGCCUUCUCUUCAGACUCUCGUUCUACGCCGGGCAUCACUGCUCUUACCCGUCUUGGUCAUCGCAUCGAACCUGCACUCUUUGUGCGUGCCAUGGAGGUUUGCCGUUGGCCCGGGUCAACGAUGGACAAGGAGAACUCUCUCGAGCUUUGGCAAGAGAUCGCUCUUCAUCUCGAUCUCACAGACGUCCUCGCCCUCGGGAUGGUGUCAGAACUGUGCCGUCAAGCAGCCUCGAUGGUACUCCAUUAUCCUCACGUCAGUGCUCAUCGCGUUGUCGGCUGUCGCCCUUCUGCUACCUCGAAUGGUAUAUUAACGGAUCACGCCCGUGGCGUUCUUAUUGACAAUGCCGCUUGGACGGCGUGGCGUGUCCUUGUCCUACUCCUCAGUUGAAUUGGUCUAUGGAUAGAUUUACCAGGUAUAUGAGGACAUGGGCAAGCUGUAAUAUGAAUGAUCUGUGCAACUUUUUAAGUUGUCUUAUGUCGUGCUUCGUAGUGUGCUUGCGUCGUCGUCGUCGUCAUCGUGUGCCACUAGUGGCACGCAGCGAGCAAGCGUGGGAAACAGCGACGAAAUACGAUUUUACCAAUAUUAGCGCCCACAUCCUUGGGCUUAACAGUCACGGUCUCGAGGGGAAUUGGCUGUAA